AUGUCUGGGAAAACUAUCAGUCAAGAGCCAGCCUGGAAUGAAAAUAAUACGGAGGCUAUCCUUCUCCAGUUAGGGAUUGGCCCCAAUGCUCAAGACGACGAAAGCCGUGGAAUCCUGAAGCUUGAGAUUGGCUCCUUCAUGGACAGAGAUGUCUCCGUAUUCUAUCGACCUUCUUAUGAUGUCCUCGAUAUAGGUUUUAGGUGGGGUAUGAACCCAGGAUUAUUUGACCUACCUGAACACACCCAUCAUGAACACAACCUGGUAUUUCGAGACGUCAUCGAACAGACUGGGGAUCUGGCACUGGCGAUCCAGGCUAUUUUGACACGACUCUUCCAGAUGACUUACUACUAUCUCAUGGACGAAUACAACGUUGCGGUGCCAAUUACAGCCACGCAUGCAGUUACCAUGCUCAUCCAAGCGGUUGCACAUGCAGCCUCCAAGACCACGGAUUUCGAGUCGGCAGAUACUGCCUUGGACAAAGAGGUGGAGAAUUGGACGAAGGUUACGGGACGGGAUAGUGAAAUCUUCACACUGUCGCGCACUGCAGACGGUGAUAAAAUCGAAUUUUCUUGCAGGUACCAGGGAACAAUGGAGGAAACCCCCCCUUGA